AUGGACAGCCUGUACUCGGAGAUAUCGGAAUUCUUCUCGUUCGACAAACAAAAGUACACGAUCGAGGAAUUCUUCAGCGAUGUAAAAACGUUCAAGGACGAUUUCAUGGUGAGUAAAAUAGGAAGGAAGAUCGGCUGGUCGUUAACACGCGUUCACAUCCUCUUACAGCACGCGCAGAAAGAAAUAAUAAAGCUGCGAGAGGGCGAAGAGAAACAGAGGCGAGCGAGAGAAGCGCGAGAAAAAGCGGAAGCGGAAAAAGCAGCUCGGGCAGCGCGGAAACGAGCGCUUGUCGACAUGAAUGCUCACGAAACGCAGGAAGGUGUUAUGGAUAGCUUAAUGGAGGCUCUCCAAACUGGUUCCGCGUUCAGUCGGCCGGAUCAACGACGUAAACGUCAAACACGCGCCGCUGGUGGUAAGUUUUAUAGGUCUGCAUACGCUUCGACGAAAUCUACGAAGAAGGAGAAUGCUUCGUUGCUUGCUCGCAAUCAGUUGUACGAAUCGGGAGAAGCCGAGCGAGCCGCUCCUCCAAAUCGAAAUAUCAAAACCACUGCCGCCUUUCUUCUUCGUGAUCCAGCGAUCACGAGCUUGGCAAGUUCCGUUUUCACACGAUACACGACACCGGAAGAAAAUCAACGUCUCUAUAAACGCUCGUUACUUGAUCUAGCCAUGAGAGCACCCAAGCGAGGGAAAUUCCUUUCUAGAGUCAGUUCGUUUAACAAAAACAGACAAAUGGAGAUCAGGUACAAGAAAAUACGCGUCGAUCGACCGAUGAUCGAGGAGACUCCAAAAAGGCAGGUUUCCGUAAAAAGGUCUCGAAAUUUCGACAAAAUCUCGACAAAUUCAUCGGCCGAUUCUGUCCAACGUGUCGCCGUGUCCUCGUCGAUGAACACGGUCGUGUCCACGUCCACGUCCACGUCCUCUUACGGGCCCGUGAUUGACGAACUCGAGAGACGCACGCGUUCAACACGCGUCGAAACUCGAGGAUCGAACUCGGAACUUUUCUCGCCCACUUUGUGUCGGACAAUUUUAGUAGGCAAAGCUCUGAUGAUUAGCCCGGUGAAACGGCGACGCGUCAUCGUAGGUAAGAAGCACAAGAGAAAUAGUAUCGUGCGUCGUGCUGUCGAAAGACGCAGAUCCAGGCAUAGAAGGUCGGCGAUCGGUGGUGAAAGAAUAGGAAAGUCGUUCGGUUACUUCGGCAGCCCGACGAGCGAAAGCGUUUCCCUGAUCGAGAAUGAUUCUGCUGCUUGUUGCACGUACGAUAGUACCGAUACCCUGCUGUCCAAUAGAAUAUCGAAAUCUAUGGGCGACAUCGCGAGAUCAAGAAUCGGCAAAACAAUUUCUUCGCCGGUAACGUUGAUUCGAAUGAAAAAUUUGGACAGUGUGGCUCGUUGGAAGGACGUGAAUGAAAACGAUCUAUCCGUGCAGUAUUCGAACGGUGAAUUCACGAUUUUUAAACAUUCCGUUCGGUCUGAAACCGCGAGCGGGAGAGCAACCGAGCUGAACGAACUCGCUGUGCCAAUGUCUUGUCAGCACAAUAACUCUAUCGUCGAAUCUGAAAUGUGCAACAACCGCAAUAUCUUUCGUCGAUUAAGAUUCUCGAACAACGCGUUGAAAUUUUAUUCGAUGUUUGCGCGCAGAAAGGUAACAGCAUUGAACUUAUCAGCUGAACGCGAUAGCAACGCUGUCGAUCGCAAUCGAAAACAAGCAAAUCGUUCCAACGAACAGAAAAUUUCAGAAACGAAUUUGGCAAUUUUCGUAGGGACGUAG